AUGAAGUGUUGCUGUAAGAGCUUUGUGAAGGGAGGGAGCAUGAAGUGUUGCUGUAAGGGAUUUAUGAAAGGGAGCGUGCAGUGUUGCUGUAAGGGAUUUGUGAGGGGAGGGAGCGUGAAGUGUUGCUGUAAGGGAUUUCUGAAAGGGAGUGUGAAGCGUUGCUGUAAGGGCUUUGUGAGGGGAGGAAGUGUGAAGUGUUGCUGUAAGGGCUUUAUGAAAGGGAGCGUGAAGUGUUGCUGUAAGGGCUUUAUGAAAGGGAGCGUGAAGUGUUGCUGUAAGGGCUUUAUGAAAGGGAGCGUGAAGUGUUGCUGUAAGGGCUUUGUGAGGGGAGGGAGCGUGAAGUGUUGCUGUAAGGGCUUUAUGAAAGGGAGUGUGAAGCAUUGCUGUAAGGGAUUUGUGAGGGGAGGGAGCGUGAAGUGUUGCUGUAAGGGCUUUGUGAGGGGAGGAAGUGUGAAGUGUUGCUGUAAGGGCUUUAUGAAAGGGAGUGUGAAGCAUUGCUGUAAGGGAUUUGUGAGGGGAGGGAGCGUGAAGUGUUGCUGUAAGGGCUUUGUGAGGGGAGGAAGUGUGAAGUGUUGCUGUAAGGGCUUUAUGAAAGGGAGCGUGAAGUGUUGCUGUAAGGGCUUUAUGAAAGGGAGUGUGAAGCAUUGUUGUAAGGGAUUUGUGAGGGGAGGGAGCGUGAAGUGUUGCUGUAAGGGCUUUGUGAGGGGAGGAAGUCUGAAGUGUUGCUGUAAGGGCUUUGUGAGGGGAGGGAGUGUGAAGUGUUGCUGUAAGGGCUUUGUGAGGGGAGGGAGCAUGAAGUGUUGCUGUAAGGGCUUUGUGAGGGGAGGGAGCGUGAAGUGUUGCUGUAAGGGCUUUGUGAGUUGA